AUGUCUGUCCUUUCUCUCGGUCAAACCAGAAGCUCUAACACCGUUCACAACUUGAUCAGGUCACCUUCGCCUCAGAAGCGUCAGAAGUCGACAGUAACUACAACGUCGUCCCCCACGGAUAACAAAGAAAUACCAACCCAGGCUCCAUUGGCACCAAAGCCUAAUGCUGAUCACCUGGCACCUCCAGCAAGUCCUCACAACCCCCGUAAACGACGAGCUUCUCACAGUCCCAAGCUGAACACCCUGCCACCUGGGAUCACGCCGGCCGGCGACCAGGGCAGCGGCACGAUACUCGGAUCGCUCACGGACGAAGCAGGCAGGAAGCGAGGCCGCACCAACACCCCGUGGACGGCUCAGGAGGAACAGAGACUGAAGCAAAUGCGCGACAGCGGCCAUAGUUGGAGUGAGAUCGCGAAGGCUUUUCCUGCUCGUACCGAGGGAAGUGUGAAGAAGCAUUGGUACAAGGCAAGUGAACACGAGAAACAACCUUGCUCUCCUCGCUCACACCACAUCCAGGACAUGCAUUACGCCGAAUUUGCAGAAGAUGAGUCGGCGGCACUCCGCGAGGCGAUUAAAGAGUAUGAAGCGAAUAAGUGGAAAGCGAUUGGCGCGAAGUUGGGCAAGCCAGCAAAGGCGUGCGAACAGUAUGCCAAAGAGCAUUUCAAAAAUGGCUGA